AUGGUUAAAUUCAGCGAUGAACUGAAGAAAUCUUGCUCCGCUAAAGACCUUGAUGUGACAGGCGAAUCCACGCCUGAAACAACCGGGUUCUUUGAAGUUACCGUCGAUGGAAAAUUAGUCCAUUCGAAAAAAGAUGGUGAUGGAUUCCCGGAUACGCAAGAGAAGAUGGAUAAGAUCGUGAAAGCGAUCGAAGCAACUAAAUAA